GCGGUGCGGGGCUUGUGCAGGGCGGUGUGCGGCAGAGCUGUCCAAGCCAUGAUCGAGGUGUUGGCCAAGCUGGGCCGUGGGCCCGUCUUCCUGGCAGGGGAGGUGCUGGAGUGUGUGAUCACUUUCACCAACCCGUUAUCGGCCUCGUCCACCUCCGCCAGCAGUGAGAUGCUGGCAUGGGCCAGUGCCCAGAUCCACUGCCAGUUUCACACCAGCGAGAACCGGGUGGCACUCCCUCCCUCUGAUGGCAGCAAGCACGAUGUGCAGGCAGAGAAUGAGACAGUCUUCGUUCCCAACAGAGGAGAGCGAGGUCAGUGUAUCCUGUCUACCCCACCAAAGAUUCUCUUCUGUGACUUGCGGCUGGAUCCUGGGGAGUCAAAGUCCUAUUCGUACUGUGAGACACUGCCCGUAGAUGGCCCUCCCUCUUUCCGGGGACAGUCAGUGAAGUAUGUGUACAAGUUGACCAUCGGCUGCCAGCGUGUCAACUCCCCCAUCAAGCUGCUGCGAGUACCCUUCCGUGUCCUUGUGCUGCAAGGUGAGGCUGCAGGCUGCCCUCCCUUGCAAACAGGCUUGGCUGCACCCUGCCCCACUGAUGCUCUUGCCUUCUGCCCAGGGCUCAAGGAUUACCAGUUCCCACAGGAUGAGGCCGUCGCACCCUCAAAUCCUUUCCUGGAAGAGGAGGAGGGCUUGAAGAAAGACUCUCGCCUGGCAGACCUGGCAACAGAGCUGCUCAUGGUGGCCACCUCCAGACGUAGCCUGCACCUGUAUAACAUUAGCAACACUCGUGGGAAGGUGGGAACAUUCUGCAUCUUUAAGACUGUGUAUAAGAUUGGAGAGGAUGUCAUUGGGACGUUUAACUUCUCAGAAGGAGACAUCCCAUGUCUGCAGUUCUCAGUGAGCCUGCAGACAGAGGAGAGCAUCCAGGAGGAGUUCCAGCGCCGCCGGGGACAACCUGUCUCCUACACCACGCAUGCCCGCCAUCAGGAGGCCUGCCUGCACACAGCCCAGAGCAGCUUCAGCCUGCCAGUCCCACUCAGCUCUACCCCAGGAUUCACCACCAACAUCGUGUCCUUGAAGUGGAGGCUGCACUUUGAGUUUGUGACCUCUGGAGAGUCAAUGGGGACUUGCUUGGUUCGUGGGAGCCAGUCAGAGGCCAUCACAUGGACUGGGGUAGAGCAGAUGGAAGUGGACACUUUCAGCUGGGACUUGCCCAUCAAAGUCCUUCCUACCAACCCCAUCCUGGCCUCCUAUGUAUCUCAGUUCUCCAGUACCAACUCCAUCACCAUCUGAAGUGGGGAGAGCUGGUAGGGACCUGUAGUGCUGCAAGAGUGUGCCAGUGGUGGAAAAUGGCAGCAGGACUGUCGCCAGCAUGCUGCGAGGCACACAUCUUUGUGCCCCCUUGGGUUCAUCCACACUGCCUGGGUGGGUACCGGGCAGGUCUGUCCCUCUGUGGGUG